UUUGUUAAUGGCAAUGGACAUGGAACAGAACUUGAACUUCAACGCAGUAGUAUCAUCAUCAAACCCUGUUUUCUCUCUGUUUUUGCUCCCACCACAAAUCUGUGGUUCCUACACAUACUGUUCAAUAACCUCUCAAAGACUCUCAUCCUUUGCAAUCUGCUUCUUUGUUUCCCUUGUCAUCUUUCUUGUCAAAACCAAGUUCAUCAAUAUCUUUACAAAAAGCAAAAACAUUCCUUCUCUUCCUCCAGGUCCUUCUCCAUGGCCUCUCGUCGGAAAUGUCCCCGAGAUGUGGAGGAAUAGACCUGCAUACGGGUGGAUUCACCGUGUCAUGAAAGAACUCGAUACCGAUAUCGCUUGCUUUCGUUUAGGAAAAACCAAUGUCAUUGCUGUCACUUCACCGGAGAUCGCCAGAGAAUUCUUGAAGAAAAACGAUGCACUUUUCGCCUCGAGACCCAUAACCAUUAACAGUGGCAUUUUCAGUUAUAGGUUUUUAGGCACAGCAGUAACACCAUGGGGAAACCAGUGGAAGAAGAUGAGAAGGGUUUUGGUGCAUGAUGUAUUCAACAAUUCGAAGAUGCGGUGGAUGCUCGAAAAACGGAAUGAAGAAGCCGACAAUAUCGUUCGAUACAUCUACAACCUGAGCUCCAAUGUCAGCUCAUCAGGGCAAGUGGUUAAUGUGAGAACCAUAACACAGCACUACACAGGAAGUGUGAUGAGGAAGAUGAUGUUCAACAAAAGGUUUUAUGGUAAAGGGAGUGAAGAUGGAGGACCUGGUGUUGAAGAACAAGAGCAUAUUUCUGCACUUUUUACCGUGCUUUCGUACCUGUAUGCUUUCUCCGUAGCAGAUUAUCUGCCAUGGCUGAGGGUUUUUGAUUUGGAUGAGCAUGAGAAGAAGGUCAAGGAGGCUAUGGUGGUGUUGAAGAAGUAUCAAGAAGUUAUAGUGAAUGAGAGAGUGCAACAAUGGAGCGAAGGGAAGAAGACUGAGGCUGAGGAUCUUCUCGAUGUUUUUAUUACGCUCAAAAAUGAAAAUGGAAACCCAGCAUUAUCUGUAAAAGAGAUCAAAGCACAAAUCACGGAAAUUCUUCUUGCAUCAGUAGACAAUCCUGCCAAUGCAGCAGAAUGGGCACUAUCAGAAAUGCUUAACCAAUCUGAACAACUUGAAAAAGCAGUGAAGGAAUUAGAUAGGGUCGUUGGCAAAGAUAGACUUGUCCAAGAAGAUGACAUUCCCAAUCUCCCUUAUGUCACUGCCUGUGCAAGGGAAGCUCUUCGUCUUCACCCGAUUGCACCAUUCAAUCUCCCUCAUCUCUCUAUGGCUGACUGCGUUGUGGGCGACUACUUUAUCCCCAAGGGCAGUAACAUAUUGCUAAGUCGGUUGGGUUUAGGCCGGAACCCUAAGGUUUGGGAAGACCCUUUAAGGUUCAACCCAGAACGCCAUCUAAAGGAAGGAGUUCCUAAUCAACAAGUCAGUCUCACCGAACCCGAGCUUCGCUUCAUUACAUUUUCUACCGGAAGGCGAAGCUGUUUAGGCAGUUGGCUCGGGUCGACCAUGACGAUGAUGCUGUUUGCAAGGCUUCUUCAAGGGUUUACAUGGAGCAUACCACCCGGUAUGGAGAAAAUUGACCUAACUGAAUCCAACUCAUUGUUGAAGGAUACUCCUCUUCAUGCCCAUGCAAAACCUCGGUUGCCUCCAAGUGUUUAUCCAAUUAAUUAGUUAAAUUCUUAUAGUAGAUAUAAAUAUAUAUAUAUAUAUAUAUAUAUGAUCUCCAAGAUAAAUAGCCAGGAAUUAAUUUGGAUUGAUGGGGAUCUAUAUAUUUAUACAGUUUUUAAUUAUAAACAUGGACGUUAUAUAAGGGGAGAACUGUAGACUCAAGUUUCAACAGUUCAGAUUUUAGCUUAUUCUUAGUUUUCUAGCUGCUACAUUAUGAUAUGCAGGCUAAUAAUUGAGCAAAA